GUUCUUUCUUCUCAACCACCACCAACGCCGACCUCAACCAACCAGGAUACCCUUUUAAUCAACCAUGGAAGCCGCAAUGCGAGUAGCUGAAGUCGUCAAGUCCUUCCGGGAAACCAGACUCUCCGGACUGCGACCCCCCAGCGAGUUCUUCGAUUGGACACGUAUCUCACGGCCAGCAGAUAUGAACCAAGCCACAUCUCGGAUAUCAUAUAACACUCGUUACUUCUCCGGAAACUACCUCCUUAUUGUCGCCCUUUUGGCUGUAUACGCCAUAUUGACAAACUGGCUCCUCAUCAUCUCCCUCCUCUUCCUUGUCGGAGGCUUUGCUGCUAUCAAUAAGUUCGCUCCCGAAGCGACCCAGUUCGGUGAACACACUAUCACCCAAAAACACCUCUACACCGGCCUUUUCGUUAUUGGCAUUCCCAUGUUCUGGCUUGCUAGCCCCGUCAGCACCAUGUUCUGGCUGGUCGGCGCGUCUGGAUUCCUCAUCUUGGGUCACGCGUCCUUCCUGGAACCUGGCGUAGAGAGCGACUAUGCCGCCAUCCAAGAAAACGUCUAAUUGCUGGCAAGAAGACGUUCUUACCUCCCUUCGACUUAUCCUACUUUGGGGUGCGCAUCCGGAGUCGCCGCAACAAUGGAGCGGGAUGUGGUCGCGUGGCUUACGCCCAUUCUCUAUGCAUAUGUACCGACAAUCGGCAUUCAAACCUUUCUCCGCAAGUCAAGGUAUACCUUAGCAUCGUAUUUCUUGUGUCUUGUGUAUUUAGACUAUUAGUAUUGGGACUCCUUCACUUCGUUCACUACUACAUCCCCCCUUUUUUUCCAAUAUAGACUCGAUCUCUUCAUC